AACUGGAUCCGGGCCUUAUCAGUCAAGGGUAUCGCUCUAACCCAUGUAGCUCAAAAGAAAUGGCCGUACGCUUCCUCUCUUUGCGUGGGAAAAAAUCAAUCGAUGUACGAAGAUUAUCGCUCGGACUGAACAACUCGAGCUCUCAUAUUGGCUUCUUCAGCACUGCUGCAGAGCAGCGCAGUAGAGGAGAUGACUGCCAUAAUGAUGAUGGCGAUGAUGACCGCAAUCACUCGGUAACACAUGUCAGGAUGUUGGAGAUGAGGGCACACAAGCUAGAGCAGCAGGUUCAGGAUCUCACUGAAAGAUAUAAAAGAGCUCUGGCUGACUCAGACAAUGUCCGAAGAAGAACUCAGAAGUUUGUGGAAGACGCCAAGCUCUUCGGGAUUCAAAGUUUCUGUCGUGACCUAGUGGAGGUGGCGGACUUGCUGGAGCAGACUACGGAGGGGGCCGAGACAGUGAACCUAACUCAGAGCCUGGCACAAAUCCAGGGCAGACUGCAAGAGGUGUUCACUAAGCAUGGACUGGAGAAAAUGAGUCCUGUGGGGUCCACGUAUGACCCCUACGACCAUGAGAUAGUGUGCCAUACCCCAGCAGAUGGAGUGGAGCCUGGUAUUAUAGCUGUGGUAAAGCAAGAUGGUUACAAGCUUCACGGGCGCACCAUUCGGCAUGCACAUGUGGGCAUCGCUGUAAAGACACAGGAGUCCUGAUUACAGGUUUUGGUUUAUUGUGCCACCCUGACUUGAAGCUCCUGUACGCUGCAUAAUUGCAUUUGUAGAAUUUCUGCCUUCCUUAAAGUAUUCAUGUAGAUACACGCUCACAAAACUGAAGCAUUCUCUGAGAUAAUAGUUCAGCUAUGUAGUUCAUUGGUCUUUGCUUGAUUGUCCUUUUUUACGCAUUGUCAUCUGCAUCUAUUUAAAUAUUCUGUAGUUCUGUAAUGUUGCACAUUGUCCCAUCUUUUUAGAAUGAGAUUUUUUUUGGAAAUCAACACUGAUAUAAAGACUGUAGUGUAUAUAUAAAUUGAGCCCACACUGUUUGGAAUUUACAUUACACUUUCUGGUACCUUAAUCAAAACUAUCAUACCUCAGUGAACCUUGAAAUUGGGAGGUAUUUCUUCUUAUUCUGUUAUACUGGUAGAGGUCUUGUGUUUGGGACCCUAAUGUAAUGAAGUGUAUGACUGUGUGUCUUAUUGCAGUACAGUAUUGAUAGAAAAUAUCUAUGUACUGUAAAUUACAAUUUGCAUUUCCAAGGCAAUUACAGUGUUUGUGAGAGAGAGAGAGGACAGUAUGAGUCCCCUUUUGUGAAGGUUUACUGAAUAUUGGUCAUUUGGCAGUUUUGGGAUGCUUCUUCUUUUGUGCCUUAAUGUUAGAUCAGCAGUGCCCAAAGAGUGAACUCUAACAUGCUAAAUCUAUGAAUAAAUAACAAUGUGGAAGAUAAGGUGUUGGUGCACCUUACAUUGUACAUAUGAAGUACAUAUCAAAAAGAGAGGGACAUGCCUCUGUGUUCAGUAUUUAUAUAUAUAUAUACAUAUUUUUAAGUUAUAGAAAAUGGAUUAUAAUAUUUUGUAAGUGUAUAUAUUUCACAGUCAAGUGUCCAGUAGAGUUUUGCCUUGUAGUGAGUUGUGAAAUAACAUUGGAAAUAGCUGAAAAAUCAGAUGCCUAUGGGAAAUGUUUUGUGUUUGAUAUAAAUAAUAUGUGGCAUGUUCAGUGUAGCAUCACUCCUGAUUUUUUUUUGUUGGAAUGAUAUUAAAAUUGUUAAAAAAAA